UCGACUCUCGGCUCUCACUGCGACUCGAGCUGGCUGAGAUUCCGUUAAUUAACCAUUCCGUGUAAUCCGCAACCGGGGGCCGUGCAUUAGCGGCAGGUGAGCUGUUACCGCGAUCGGUAUCUAAUUACCCGUGCAAGAAAUCGGUCAUCCGAAAAAGAAGAUCACACCGCGAGAUAUCGUUUCGUAGAGGAACCACAGAAGGACAGUCGUCGCGUUCAAUGGAAAUUAAUUAUCGAUCGCAAUAAUCACGAGAGGAUAAAUUGAUUCGAUGAAGGAGACAUAAAAAUCAGAUCAUCAGGUCCGAUCAGGAGGAUUCGACAAUCGAAAACGAUACGUAGUGCUUGUAUGGUUAUCGUGAUAAAAGACACUGUUUCAAAACCGUGAACCCGUUCUCGGUGAACCCCGUCGUGAGCCGGAGUCGCGCGACCGUCACGGUCGAUCCAGAGAUCGAUAGUCGACCAGUUCCUUUUACCGGUCGAUCACCUCGUUCCCGCUCGGAACGGAGAAUCGGUCGCGGUGCGCCGUGGGACGUACACGCCGCGUACGCGUCGCCGGCCGUUUAAUUAGUAGGUGGGUGCCGCGACAGAGCCGAGGAGGCUGGAGCGAGCGUCGUGGAAGCCGCAACGAGAGGUCCGAACAGAAGAAAAAGAAAACGGAACGCAAAGAGAUGCCGAAAGCGGUGGGAGAACGAUUUAGAGGAGCAGAAGAGAGCAUCGAGAAAUAAAAGAGGCGAGAAGAGUAGUCGGUUGAGCGGCGCGGAGCCGGAGGAGACAGUUAAAUAGAUGCAGGAAUCUGUACGCGGCGCCAUGCUGCUGUGAGCGAGAAAAAAUAUUCAGUUUUCCGUGUGUUCGUUCGUGUACGUGGAUGGAACAUAGGAAUCCCAGGAGCGUAUCAGUCAACGCGUUUGCAACCGGUUAAAGGGACGCGAAUCCGCUCGAGGAGCAGUCCGCCGCCGCUCCAGGGACGUUAACCCGUUCGGACAGUUAGGAAGACACGUUCGCGAGGAGCGAGUGGAACAGGAAGGUCUCGGAGAUUUACAGAUGAUCGCGUGAAUCCGCGAGAUAUCGGCGGUCUCCAUCCGACGAGCCUCGUCGGCCAGUGACUGUUUUCAUUUCUCUUAACGGUGAACGACUGUCGAACGAAACAUGUUGUGCGGUACGUUCAAGAAGAAGAGGAGGCACCCCGGUGACGAGUACCGAUUGGUCCGAUCGAACACCAUGCCCAGAAUCGUCCUGUCGUCGAAGGAGGGUAGCCUGGUCUCGGUACGGAGAACAAAGUCCUCGAGGGUGGCCGCUCGUCCCCCGCAUCUCAGGGAUCUUCUGCACAUGGGUCUGGACAAUGUGAGCUCGGCGACCCUCAGGCCUUUCAACUCGGACAUCAACACGCCGAGGAUCGAUAGUUACAGGUUCUCUAUGGCGAACCUAGAAGAUUCUCAGGAUGUCGAUCUGGAUGCCAUACUCGGCGAGUUGUGCGCUUUGGAGCGCCGCUGCGACGGUGACAUCGCUGCCACACCUGCGCCCGAUUCGCAGAGGCAGGGUCGACCCAAUAGCGCGAGAAUCACAGCUACCGAUAACACCGAUAUUAGCAAAAAUGAAGGAGCUAUACGUACCGACAGUCCUGACAACGACAGCGCGUUCUCGGACACGGUGUCGAUGCUGUCCAGCGAAAGUUCCGCGAGCAGCAGCGGUUCCGGGCACAAACCACCUCAGGCCGUCAUGCACACAGGCCCUCAGCAGCAAUCUCAUCAACUCAUGGACGCUGCUAGCAGAGUCAAGGCAGAGAAGAUCCGGCUGGCGCUGGAGAAGAUGCGCGAGGCGAGCGUUCAAAAGCUCUUCAUCAAAGCGUUCACCUUGGACGGCAGUGGAAAAAGCUUGCUCGUGGACGAACGGAUGAGUGUGGCGCACGUAUGCAGGCUUCUCGCUGACAAAAAUCACGUGCCAAUGGAUCCGAAGUGGACGGUGAUCGAGCACUUGCCCGACCUGUUCAUGGAGAGGGUAUACGAAGAUCACGAGUUAUUGGUAGAGAAUCUUUUACUGUGGACCAGGGACUCGAAGAAUAAGUUGCUUUUCGUCGAGAAGCCAGAGAAGACACAAUUGUUUCUCACUCCCGAAAGAUUUCUUCUGGGCCCGUCUGACAGGAGUAGCGGCGAGUACGACGAUCAUUCGCGUAACAUUCUUCUGGAGGAAUUCUUUUCGAGCAGCAACGUUGGAGUACCGGAGGUGGAAGGACCAUUGUACUUGAAGUCUGACAGCAAGAAGGGCUGGAAAAGAUAUCACUUCAUUCUUCGCGCAUCGGGUCUCUACUAUUGGCCGAAAGAAAAAGCACGUACCGCGCGUGAUUUGGUUUGCUUGGCGACGUUCGAUGUGAACCAAAUUUAUUACGGGAUCGGCUGGAAGAAGAAAUACAAGGCUCCAACGGAUUUCUGUUUCGCUGUGAAGCAUCCCAGAUUGCAGCAACCGAAGUCGACGAAGUACAUUAAAUUCCUUUGCGCGGAGGAUAACGCGUCGCUGGAACGAUGGAUGGUCGGGAUCAGGGUGGCCAAGUACGGGAGGCAGCUGAUGGAGAAUUACAGGACUCUGGUCGACGAACUCGCGCAGGAGGAUCUCGAUAUAUUGGCCCACGCGAGAUCUUGUUCCGUUAGCUCGAUCGCUGUGCCCCCACAGAAUCAGACGCAGUACAACACGACCAACGACAACGCGCGCCAGUUCACAGAGAACUCGAGGCACAACGCGGAAGUGAACAACGCGAGGCAGUACGAUGGUCAGAGGCAGAGUUACAAUUCUGAGCAACGACAGAGUUACAAUAACGACGGCAGACUGAGCAGAGCGAGCAGCUCGAGUUCCAGCGGAUGCUUGUCCGACGGUGCACCUAGUAGUUGCGAGGUGGCUUUUGAAUGUGGCGAGUUUCCAACAGGUACGAUAAAGAGGAAACCAUCGAUGAAUCCCAAACUACCCCUAACGUCAAUCACGAGACAAUUAAAGGAAGUAGGCGAAACAGUUCGUGAUGAGCCAGAUAAUUGCCCGAGUCCGACGAGUUCAGGUUCUGGGACGUUGACCAGAAGGCACAGCCGAAGAAGAAGUGGUACCGACUCGGAUGGAUCCGGAACGCUGAAAAGACAUCAUCGAUCUGGAAACGCGACUCCGGUUAGUCCUGUACCACCCGGUACACCGGUUAGGGAAAGAGCGAGCCCGAUGGGGUACAACAGAAACGAGAGUCAGGAGUCAAAAACGCCGACUAGCCCUAUUCCAUCAUGCAUGAUGGAUUCGAUCACUUCGUUGCCACCACCGCCGUCCCCAUCAAGAGUAGCAGAGGAAGCAGAAUCCGACAGUGAACCACUUCCCCCACCUCCACCAGAAAUGUUCCGAUCCAAUCUCUCAUUGGAUUCGUUGCCACCACCUCCAGCACCUGGUGAACUGCCAAUGUGCAACACUCCGGAGCUCACCGGCUCCUCGUUGAGUCUAGCGUCUCUUCCGCCACCUCCGAGUCCUCUAGUCGGCGAGACGGGAACCAUCAGACGUGCCAGGCCGAAGCAGCCGACUUCAGCGAACUCGACACCCGACAGCACGCCGACCCACACACCGUCGAGGCCAUCUACCAACAAUCAACAACUGUAUUCGAGCAAUUCGUUGCCGAAUAAUACGCAAAACAGUCAAAACUACAACGCGAACGCGCAGAACGCCGCGAAUUCGGUAUCCUCCCCGCACAGUUCCUACCCAGGAUCCAGCGCGAGCACGCCGACGUAUGCUCCGAGCUCGCCCAAUUUCGCCACGCCUCCACCGUUCGUCCCUCCGCCGGCUUAUGGGACUCAGCCGCAGCACGGGAACAGUUCAAGCCUAACGAGACAAAACUCGAAGACGGAAUCGAUGUAUUCACACAACACGAUUCAAACGAUCAGGCCGAAUCCGAAUAUGGACACCGUGCGACGAAGUGCCUUGAAGCAGGGCACCAGCCACUACGCGGUGCCGCCGUAUCUAGCGGAGCUGAAAGCCGCGUCCAGUCCCCAGCCGCAGCGAAGAGUGACCAUCCAAGAACCACCUACGUCGCCCAAGUCGAAAACCGGUACCGGCAAAAAGAUCACGUUCAACCUUCCGCCUCAGCAGGAGCCGGGCAGUCCAGCUCUGCCACAGAGGAAACCCAUGCCGCCGAGGAGAUCGGACAGCACCAGGCUCACGUCACCUAAGAAACUCGCAGCGUCCGACCAGGCGCCUCCUGGCGAUUUCUUAAAGGAUCUUCAACGAGUAAUGAGGAAGAAGUGGCAAGUGGCACAAAAAUGUAAACUGGAUUCAAGCACGACGCCACACGAAGUCCUCGGUUUCCGCGAUCCACCACCGGCCAUCGCAGAUUACAGAGAGACGAACGUUUCGAACUGGGUUCAGGAGCACUACGGAGCUGACAAUUUGUACGAGAACGUUUACGCGACGGAUCCGCACGCUCCGGUGGAGUACGCUUCUAGCCCGGCCCGACAACCGACCGUCAGAUUCGCAGACGAGAAUCGUAGUAUCAAUAUCGUGAACGCCAUCGCCAGCAAACGAAGGCCACCGCCUCCGCCGCCGAAGAGGGCGGAAACCACUCAUUUGACCACCACCAGGGCGAUGCACUGACAAUAGCAGAUACUUCAGCCCCAUCCCGAGAGGCGAUGGUUUUGCUGCUUAUGCAGCUGGUGGAAGGACUAAGGGUGAGGGGGCGAGUGUUAUUCGCUUUGUUCUCUGUGAUUCGGUCAACGUUUCGAGGUCCUAAUUAUCGAGUCUGCGUGUUUAAUCGUCCUUCACGUUUAUCGUACACGUUCGGUACUUCGAUGAUGCCAACGACGACGGACGAUAUGAGAUAAAAAAACGACAAUUCGACGAUCCUUAUCGUUGAAGAGCUUUGUAUCGCGUACAGUCAGCGUUUACCUGGAAAUUAAUCAGCUGCGACCCCAUUCUAGGAUAAUCGAUGUACAAUUUAGGGUCCCAGGGACGAAAAAUGGUCGAUCGAUACUGCCAAUCGAAAACCCAUAGCCGACCUCAAGUCGCAGGUUCGAGAUAGUAGAAAUUUUUUCAGCAACGAGUUUUACAAGUCCAGUCUAAGGGUGAACGUUUGAUCAUUGCGAGUUCGAUGUAAAACAUCAAAUAUCUCAGCGUCGGUUUCUCGACGACUGAUCACGGCUUUGGGCGUAAGGGGAAUGAAAUACUGCCGCACAUAUUCAAGAUGUGAUAUAAUAAGUCUUAAGUUGCUAUUUUAUUCGAUCUCAAAAGAUCGAGGAACGAGCACCGCGAUCGAAUUAAAACAAAGAAAAUAAGAGACAAAUAAACGAUGUGCACAGGAUAAUCGCGAUGGCAUUUCUGUGUACAAGUUAACAAGUUACAGAGUUAACUUCGGGCUUAGCUAAAUAUCCUUGAUAUCCGCUGAUAUACGUUUAAUAUGAAUCACGGGACGGGGCAGAUUUUUCUUGCGCUGUUCCCGGAAAAACGAUUAAGAGCAUGAGAAAAUAAUAAGAAAUUUAGUUUUCUUUUUUCAAAAAGGUGCUUUUCAGGCUCAUCAAAGUAUGGAAAUCCGAUACAGGAAAUUGACAUUUUUCAUAGACGACACAAGAUGACACGCAACGCGUUUUUUAAAACCCUCGUACAUAUGUGUGUAUGUAUAUAAGUGGAACAUGUAUGAGCGUUUAUAUCAAUAUAUCGACUUUUUUGAUGCUGUA